GGUGGGAGGGGCCGGGGAAACGGGUUUGCCCCGGGGACGAGCGGGGCCCCGGGAAGAGCCUCCGAGGUUAAACCCUCCUCGCGGCCUCCUGGGUGCGCGUCCCGCGGCGGGGCGUCCGCGGGGCCGGGGCUCUGGGCUCUGUUCCCCUCUCCGCCCGGAGGCCCGGCUCGCACCUUCCCCGGCCCGCAAACUUUCCGCGCCUUGGCCGGCCGCCCGCCCGGUGCCCGGCCUCUGCGAGCCCGUCUGGGACCCCGCGCACCCGGGCGAAGCGCGCCGCGGGCUGCCCCGAGCGCCCCCUGCAGAAUGAGCCCUGGUCUGGCAGGGUGGAGAUGUCUGCCCAGAGGUUAAUUUCUAACAGAACAUCCCAGCAACCUGCAUCUAAUUCUGAUUACACCUGGGAAUAUGAGUAUUAUGAGAUUGGACCAGUUUCCUUUGAAGGACUGAAGGUUCAUAAAUAUUCCAUUGUGAUUGGAUUUUGGGUUGGUCUCGCAGUCUUCGUAAUCUUCAUGUUUUUUGUGCUGACCUUGCUGACCAAGACAGGAGCCCCACGCCAAGACAGUGCAGAGUCUGAGAAGAGAUUCAGAGUGAACAGCUUUGUGUCAGACUUCGGAAGACCACUGGAGCCAGAUAAAGUAUUUUCUCGACAGGGCAAUGAGGAAUCCAUGUCUCUCUUUCACUACUACAUCGAUGAAGUGGAACGCAUGGGCAAGGCCAAAGCCUGUCACCAGGCCACAGCCCCCGGCAGCAGUGUGCAGCUCCAGGAGGUCCGCGGGGGCCGCGGGUGGCCGGAGAAGGAGCUGGACAGGCCCAGGGACUUCGACAUCCCUAACUUUGUGAACACAGACCAGAGCUCCCCCUUUGGGGAGGAUGAGCUUCUGAUUUCGGAACCACCUAUCGUUCUAGAAAAUAAGCCUGUUUCCCAGGCCUCAGACAAGGACCUGGAUUGAGAAAAAUGCUCUGUAAAGUGUUUUCCUGAUGAUGUUGGGUCUUUGUGUAGCAAGAAAGCUCUCACCAAAAUUGUGCGUGGGGGUGUGUGCGAGACAAAGAGACGGGACAGAGGAUCAGAAGGCCCCCUCCGAGCUGAUCAAGCUGAGUUUUUAUGCCUUUAAACACGCUGGGGCCUCUUUGGGGAAUACCGUAUUUACACCAUCUCACCCUCCUUGCUGAAAGCUUGGCCGCAUGCUCAGCGUCAGCGUUCCUGGACGGGGGCCAGCGCACUGCGCACCAUUCUGGCCCUGCCCCUACCCUGCUCCACCUUUAGCAAACUGCUUUACCUCUCCAGCUGCCACAGCUUUAACCGUGAGGUGAAGGGUCUGGAGCAGAGGAUGCAUCCCAGCUUUAAUCAUUCAUGAGUUUGUGACUGCCUCUAGACAAGGCUGGGAUACACCUAAGGCAGUGUACACUAAGGCACCACCUCCUAGCUCUGGUUAUAGGAUCCCCUAUGUCUCUGCCUUAACCUGCCGCAGCAGGGUGUGAGCGUCUACCAGGAUGUCAGGAGAUGUGUCCCACACAGUCACUGUGGCUGGCAUUUGCAUCAGCUCUGCUGGAAGAGCUCUUCUGGGAGCCUCUGGCCACCCCUACUCAGACCUGGGGACAGCCCUGGGAAGCCUCCCCUAGAAUCAGUACCCAUCUGGGGCAUAUCACACAGCACUCCUGUCCCCAGGAAGGGCAGGGGAGGCUGUCUGCUGGGUGAGGGAGGUGCCAUCUGUGUCUGUGCUGGUGUAUCUGUGUCUGCUCACACUUCUCUGCCACUGGCUGCUGAGCAAGACAAGUGGUGUUUGCCGUACUCUCUAUUUCCUUGGCAAAUGUGUAGCUCAUGGCCAUGAGGCUAGUGUGUGGGCUUUAAGCUGAGAGGGUGAAUGGGUCGUAAGUACCCUGCCAACGAUAUGCAAGGUGGCCUGGCACAACACAGUUCAUUUGAUGAAGAAAUCAAAGCUACAUGAUGGUAUUGGAAAUGACUUGAUUUUGCACACACAGUCAGUUGCAUGCCUGGCCUGAUACUAAUCUCUGGGUGGCAUUUUCAUUAUGUAUUUGUUUACCAUCUGUCUUGCUUAAGCAAAAAAAUAAACACAUUUGAUUGCA